AUGAGGUCCCGGCUACUGGUUCCUGUGACCCACCUGCCCACGAUUCGGGAGACCUCGGAGGAGAUGCCGCCCGGGGGGCCUGGGCAGGAACCCCUGGCCUCCCCCAGCCUGGAUGACUAUGUGAAGUCCAUUUGUCAGCUGGCACAGCCCACUUCAGUGCUGGACGCGGCCACAGCCAGGGCCCAACUCGGCAGACAGCCCCAGCCAGCCCAGGCCUUCGAGAUGAGCUGCCCUACUGAGUCCCUACGGGACAUUACUACCCGCUUCAGUGGCCAGCAGCCUGCACCGCCCAGGGAUGGUGCUGCUGACCCCCUGGACUGGCUGUAUGGGGAGUCCCAGGAAAAGCAGCCAAGUAGGAGGGACCCACCGAGGCGGACUGGCUCCUCUGCUGACCCCUGGGGUCCACAGAGACAGAUGGAUGGUGGCAAGGCCCGAGGGACCCCCGGAGGGAGACUAUGUGGCACCAGGGUGCAGGGGCACUCUCUGGCAAGGCCCUCAAGGGACCGGCACCAGGGCUCCUGGCCUUCCAAGCCACUCUGUGGGACCGCAGCCUCCCCCCCACCCCCCCGCCACGGCAGCACCCUCAGAACUCUCUAUUUGCACCUCCCGGUGAUCCAUGAACUCUGACCCCUCCCAAUAAAGGCUUCUGUAUAGAG